AUGACCAAAACUGUAUGCAUCGUGGGUGCCGGUGUUUCUGGUCUGACUGCCAUCAAAAGUUGUCUUGACGAAGGAUUGCAUCCGGUUUGCUAUGAGAAAGAUGUCGACAUAGGAGGUUUAUGGAACUACAGUGACAUUCCGAAAGAAAACGGACCCAGUCUGUACAAGUCUUGUAGUGUUAAUACCAGCAAGGAGAUGAUGUGUUUCAGUGAUUUCCCUAUUCCUAAGGAGUUUCCUAAUUUCAUGAACCACGUUUACUUUAAAAAGUAUCUUGACUUGUAUGCUGAUAAAUAUGAUUUGCGGAAGUACAUUAAAUUUCAGCAUACUGUAAACAGGGCGGAGAAAGCAGACGAUUUUGAGGAUUCUGGUGAUUGGCUGAUCGAAACCGUUAAUCUCCGGACAGAGAGGCGGGAGAAAGCUCGAGUAAAUUUUGUUCUGGCUUGUCAUGGACAUUUAAAUGAACCAAAUAUUCCUAAAUUCCAAGGACUUAAAAAUUUCAAAGGAAAAUUGAUCCAUACCCAUGACUAUAAACAUUUUUAUGGAUAUGAGGGGAAAAGGAUUUUGCUCAUCGGAAACGGGAACUCGGGCGUUGAUGUGGCGUCAGAAUUGAGUUUACACGCAAAACACCUAUACAUGAGCGUGAGACACGGACUCUACGUCAUUCAAAGGACAUCCGACCAGGGUCGACCGUUUGACCACAUCGCAGUUUCCCGGUUCCGGCAAAACCUUCCUUGGUCACUUAUGCGUCCUGUUAUGUACCACAACAUCUACAGCCGAUACAAUCAUGACAGGUACGGACUCGCUCCGAACGAAAAAUUCAAUGGCGGAACUGUAUCAAUCAGUGACGAUCUCCCCAAUCGAAUCAUUUACGGAAAAAUCACUAUAAAAACUGGCAUUGAACGAUUCACAGAAGACGGCGCGAUAUUUAUAGAUGGAACUGAGGUCCGAGAUAUUGAUGUUGUAGUCCUGGCAACCGGUUACAAGUACAGUUAUGAUUUCGUGGAGGAGGGGGUCAUCAGACUCGAGGACGCUUUUCCGCACCUAUAUGAUUUAGUUUGGCCGGUGGAUCUCCAACCCGCAACCUUGGCCGUUAUUGGUUUGGUUCAGCCCUUUGGUCCGGUACCUCCGAUCCUAGAGAUUCAGGCGCGAUGGGCCGCUCGUGUCUUUGCAAAAAAAUGUCAACUUCCAAGCGUCGCCAAGCGCAUCGCAGACGUAGAUCAAAUGUAUCGAGUUACGAAGAAGCGAUUCGGGAUCACAUCCUCUCGUUACACAAUCAUAGUCUUUUUCAUCCAGUACCUUGAUAAAAUUGCAGGAUAUAUCGGAUGCAAACCUAGGCUGUGGCAACUCUUUUUUUCGGAUAACUCUCUUUGGAGAAAGAUUUAUUUUGGAGGCGCCACACCUCCGCAGUGGCGCCUGCACGGACCAGGAAAAUGGGAAGGAGCCAAAGACGCUAUCGAACGAGUAGAAGAGAGGACAUGGUAUCCUCUACAGACACGUCAGACUGGCGGCUAUGGGAAGGAAGGGAUCUAUGAUGGAUGGAUCAGUCUACUUAAGAAAUUGCUUUUGGGAAUUGCGUUUUUAGUCUUGCUGAAAUAUUUGAUGAGCAAUGGUCAUAUGACCUUUCCGGAGAAAGCGUAG